UUUAUUCACGGGUACGAACUACAGAUAAUGUACACAAUUUCGAAAGACGAUUAAGCUCCUUACCUCCACGACUCAAAACAUCGUAUGUAUGUGAAUAAUGGAGAAACCGGUUUGUAAAAGCGAAUGUAAUGACAAUGGAGAUUGUAGUGACGACGAUGCGAAUAAAGGAUCUGACGACGCAGUGAAUGUUGUAAAAUCUCUAAAACAUACCCCUGAAAUACACACAGCUCUGCCUAAUAAAAUAAAUUACAUAUGUAUUGGUACUAUGGUAUCUGUUGUUGGCAUUGUGUUAACGGUAGUUGUGUCUGUAACAAUGCUUGUCGUCAUCUCAACUGACGACAAACAGAAUGGUUUUCAAUUAUCAAAUGCUAUUCUAAAAAUAUCGAAUCAGUUAGACAAUUUAUCAAUAAAAAUGAAGAGUGAUAGUUCAACAACAGAUGAACCACAAACAUGUGAAAACAUUAACACUAGUUAUCUUUACUAUGUUAUGCAAGAAGAGAACAAAAGACUGAAAGCCGAACUUCAAAAAACAAAAUUUAGAAAAGACGACAAACAGAAUGGUUUUCAAUUAUCAAAUGCUAUUCUAAAAAUGUCGAACCAGUUAGACAGUUUAUCAAUAAAAUUGAAGAGUGAUAGUUCAACAGAUGGACCACAAACAUGUGAAAACAUUAACACUAGUUAUCUUUACUAUGUUAUGCAAGAAGAGAACAAAAGACUGAAAGCCGAACUUCAAAAAACAAAAUUUAGAAAAGAAAAAAUAGAAGAGAAAAAAUGUUAUUUGCAGAAGAGUGUCUAUCAACCAUAUAAUUUGGUGCAAACCCGAUGGUUACAAUUUCCAUCGAAAAGAAACAUUGUUGGUUACCUCUUCUUGUUGACUACAGAACUUGACAUCGAUAUGAUACGGACUACAAUCAACAAUGACUUGAUACAUUUUUCAGCCACAAAAGUGUCUUUAUGGUUUCGGAAAAUACCUUUCUUCUAAAAACAUACGUAGAAAUUAUGUCGUCUUGGAUUCUGUCGGAUUCCAUAGAAUUUACAGACGCUAAUGAGAAACGAAUGCAGCGAACAGAGAGACAAGAGCAACUGCGAGUUGAUUGUCGAUUGGUCUCGAGCACAAACAAACUUUAUGGUUGGGUUUUCGGUAAUAAAAGUCUAACAUUUGGCCGUAGAGAUAAUUUCAAUAUCAAUAUAAAAAUAAAAUUAUUGUAUCCUGAAAUACCCGAUAAUGAUAAAAUAUUAUUUGAGUUUGGUCUAACAACGACGAUUGAUUACUUAAUAUGGGAUCGUCAAGGUAUAAUGUUCAGAGGUCAAAGAUGUGUAAAAAAACCAGGCAUAUGUCUUGAUGUAAUAGAUAACGCACUGUCAAAACUGGAAGGUCCUAUUUUUGAACAGAUGGCAGAUUAUAUUCAAGGCCAACUAACACUGGAACUUCAUAAAUCACAUUUUGUUCUUAUGUGUAACCAUAGAAAUAUAUAUAUAUCAAAUGUUCUCAAUGUUUCAUCUGAAGAGAAACUUUGGCCAGUGUUUGGAUUUUACAAUACACACCUUAUUACUAUAUCACAAACAAUUUUUUCCGAGAAUAAAAUAAGUUUUAACCGAACAACCGUUGACCCACAUUUAUUUGUUUCUGAAGAUAACAAUACUAUAUCGAAUUAUAAAUUGCAGAACAGUUCUGGAUGGGAUAUGAGCAUAAUGUAUCUUGAAAUUGCAUUUUUAAUUAUGUCUACAGUGUUUAUUUUGCUUGUGAUUCUUAAAUUUGAAAAUAACAUCUUAGGUAAUAUUUUGGUUUCCGCUGCAGUGUUUCUUUCUGUACUGCUUUCAAUAUAUUACAUCUACAUGAAUUGGUCCUUACGCUUGCUUUUGAUAGUGAGUAUAUUACUUGGAACUGUACGUAUUGAUCUAAGAAAUAUGAAAUUUGAAUCAAAUAUUAAAGACUAUACUUUUUUGAGCAUUUUAUGUUCUACGUACAUUAUGAGCUUUUUUAAAGCGAUCGGAUAUAUCUUUAAUUUAAUAUUCUAUUGAAAUAAGUUAUUGAUUUAUAUCAUUAUAAACCUUCAAAAUCCGAUUAAUACAAUGUACCAUGUCAAGAUAUCUAUCAAAUAUACUGAUCUGUCCAAAUGUUUGUUUGUAUUGUUCUGUAAUUUCGCCAGUCAUAACAGUAUUUUCUUA